UCCGAGACAACAGCUCCAAAGCCGGGCAACCCGCAAAGCUCUCUCUCUACCUCUCCAUCCAGUCGGGGGUGGGGGCAGUGCAUGACGUAAAAUGUCACGUGAAUCCACACAAGCUCCUUCUCGCUGCCUGGACCUCCGUUGGCCGGACCGGAGUGAUAACCGUGUGGCAUUUAUCGAUACAGUUGCCAACGUGCUCAAAGGACAUUGGGACGGUGGUCAGCGUCAUAGUCUUUUCGGUGAAGAAAAUGGGCAGAUGCCAAAUGCUGAGUAUGUUGGUUUGUAUCCCCCUCGCACCGGGAAAGUCCCGGCGGCGGUCGCGCCCAAUAAAUUAUGUACAAGCAAACAGCUUCAAAUUCAAAUGCUGAGAGCUGAGCUUAAACAUCCAUUGCACAUUUGUUGGGUGCUGUGGCCAGAGGCCUGGUACGCACCCACCCAGCAUUACGGCUUUCCAUCUGCAUUGAACCCAAAUGGGCCCUUCCACGGGGCCAUGACCAUCCACAUUCUUCGUCAUCCAAGCUACAUGCUGAAAGCGACCGACCAGGGGCUCCUCUCUUUAUGUCUCCUGAAAUACAACAAUACGCCUCUUGAUCAUCAAAGAAAAAUCAGAAACGCUCCUCCUUAACGUUCCUCAUAGUACAUGGUUUAUGGCAGAUGCCCUGAGAAAAGGGAUCUGCCGAACAAAAAAAUCUA